UAUUACCAUGAUCAGAUUAAUUAAAAAAAACUUAAAUUUUUCUCUUUCAGAAUUUUUUUUAAAAUUGAAAAGAUUUUCUCUAUGAUUAUUUUCUCGUUAACGUCAAUUCGACCGCGUCUCCGUAUUUCAGAGAUUCCGGCGACCAAAGUCACCGACUUAAUCGCCAAUCACCAAAGCGAGAUGAACAGAGGAAGGGAAGAGUAUUCUGGGUUUCGACUCUUUUCCAGAAAAGAGAUCAUCUUUCGAUGUGGGUUUGCGCCGAUCUAGUGUUGAAUCAUUACGAUUUUUCGAGUUCGGCUUCUCUGCUCAUGGAGUGGCUAUGGCUACAGUCUUCAAACGGGAUGCGACUCAUUAAAAGGAUUCACGCGAUGUCGUUAAACGAUCAAGUUAAUCUAUUUGGGAUAAUUUUGAUAAGCUCGUGUGUGAGACUCGGUGAUUCGGUUGAUGCACGUAAAGUGUUCGACGGUAUGCCUGAGAGAAACACUAUUACUUGGACUGGGCGAUGAUUGAUUGAUGGGUACUUGAAAUACGGUUUUUGAAGAUGAGGGCUUUCUCGCUGUUGGAAAGACUACGUGAAGGAAGCACAUGGGAUCCGUUUCACGAAACGAGAGGAUGUUUGUUUGUUUAAUUCUUGUAGUAGGAGGAGAUCAGAGUUUGAGGAUGAUGAAAGCUGGAGUGAGGGAAAGGAGGAGAAAGAUGUGGUAUCUUGAGCAGCUGGUAUAUCUGCUUGUUCGAUAAAAGGGCAUGGGAUGAUGAAAGGUAUAAUUAUGUUUAUCGGAAUGUUGAAUCACGGGUUCUUCCUUAAUGACCAAUAGAAACACGCUCGUGAAGAGGUGCCAUUUGAUAGCUAACAGUCUGAGAGUAGUAAAGCAUCCUUAGAGCGUGUGGAUCUGUUUGGAGUUUUAUUUUUGGGCAAUGAACUUUAUUGUAAAAUGCGGAGAAUCUCGUGACGCUUUCAAUGUUCUUCAGAAUUUACCAUCUACAGAUGUUGUUUCAUAGACCGCUAUGGUCUCUGGAUGCUCGAGCUUAGGACGUUAAUCAGAAGCACUGGAUUUCCUGAAAGAGAUGAUUCAAGAUGGUGUAGAACCAAACCCGUUUACUUUGAAAGCUUGAUCUAGUCAGAAGCUCUUCUUAUUGAUAGAUCGAUCCAUUCCAUUGCAGAGAAGAAUGUCAAGUGCCUUUGUGGGAAGUGCUUUGAUUCAUCACUGAGACGAACUUGGUUUCAUGGGAAGGCCAGGAUAAUGGGUUACCCGAGGAAUGGAUUUUGCAGGGAAGCAUGGAUGCUAAUGUGUAGAAUGGAUUCUUUCUACUUGUACAGAUAUUGAGCUUGAUGAAGCUGAAUCUUCUGCGACACCUUGUUACUUGGAGACCUCUUGAUUUUUCUUCUCCAGAAGCAACUUUGCAAGUUUUUGUUGUA